AUGGCGGACCGGUUGAAGGGUUGGAAACCUACCAAUCGCAUAAUCCGCGGUGUUGUGGUCAAGCCGUAUCUGCCUUUGAGAAAGCAUCCCGAGCUGAAAGACCAGCACACGCAUAUACUCAACCUUUACGCUGGAGACGAAGUUUUUGUUUUCGAAGAAUCGAAGGACGGCAAAUGGCUCAGAUGCUAUCUUCGCUGGAUCCCGUUACCUGAAUCACAUAUUUCUGGAACACUAGCGAUCGAUGAUCAGCUGCUGCAUCUUAGGAACAAGCUGGUAGUCGUACCGAGAAAGUUUGUGUGUCUGAAUUUGGAGCGUAUUAUGGUCGAGAUGCCCUUUCUAAGGAUGCCCAACGCUUCCGACUUGGCCCCAGAGGCCAGCGACGUUUGUAAAACACCAUCGGUGUUCGAAGUACUGGCGUCUGAAGAUGGAUCUAUGUCUGACACUGCGCGGGCACCCAAAAAGCCCUUAAAACCUUCUUUCCCAUAUUUUAGAUAUCAGGAUAGACCACUAGCCGACGAACUCUCAGCAAUGUUGGUGCUGUUGUCGUCAUGGAUCUAUGGCGUCUAUUCUUCGGGAGAUUUCAAUCUCUUCGAACAGCUAGUCGUUUGCUUUUAUGAUUUGAAAGCUAUCCGAAUGAAGCUACACUUCAAGUUAUACACAUCUCCUGAAGUAGUCAAGAUAUCGCGGGCUGCAAGCGCUCUGUUGGCCAAUAUCUCCAAACUUAUCUCUUCCAAAGAUAAGUCCGGUCUCGGCUUCCUUGCAUCGAAUUCGAUGAGUUCAGAUCCAACUGGGGUGGAGGGGAUUUUUGCCCGGGAUAUUAACACUGGACAACUUCUAUCCUACGAGGGCAACUCUUUGCAAGGACUGGUCUCGAAUACAAUGCUUCAUGGUCUUUCCAAGAAUUUUCCAGUUUCCAACUACGGCUCUUUGCAAACGGACUGCUCUACCGAUAAUAUUUUUGAAGCAACGGAAUCGCAUAUACUGGUCGAUGUUAAUGAUGUCAAGAGCGACGCAAGUGUAGGAGAUCCCAUGCUACAAAAUCUAAGUGCUUCGAUGUAUCUUUGUUCGAGACGAGGUGUUUUAACGGAGCCUUUCACCGUGAAUAUGGAUUCCGACCAAAUAACGUCCCUGAACAGUAUCUCCGCGGCCCUAUUCAGAAACAUUCCAGCCUCUCGAAUUGAAAGAGGCAAUAUUUAUUUAGCAGUUGUGUUGACUGAGAAGAUUCCCUUCGUGGUUGACAACAAAUCCGCUGAACAGCGGUCGAAUGGAUCAUCACCAUUCAUACUUUUGGAUGCUAAGAACGAUGAGAAAAUCAGCUUUAUAAGGCGUGGGGUAGCUGCGGGAGCUGUGGACAUUACUAAGGUGUUUGCUAAGUAUAAUGAAUCUAACGCCGAUCUUUCAGAAGCAUUCAAGAUAAAGAUUAAUUUAUUCGGAUCUUUUAUGAGCAGAGAGGAAAGCACACAGGGUAAGGUGGAGACUGACUCACGGCAGCAUGAAAGCAAAGGGUGGGGUGACCUAAUCGAUAGGAUUUUGCUUAACUCACAUAAGGGAAUCGCGGUAAACCCAAGAACGACCACACUGAUGGUUACUGUCAAGGAAAUAAAAUCUCGCACUAUCAACAAAGCGGCGGAAGCAGCUAUUGGUGCAAUUAGGUCUGUACCGACGCAUUUCUAUGAUAUUUUGUCCGAGAGCUCAGAGAGGAUCUACCUAUCCUUGGGUAAAGUAAUGCUAUCCAGUAAUUUACAAACAAACAUACAAGCCAUAACGAUACAGGUUACUUCCGAUCGCGGGCAAAUCAAAUUUAACAGGAUAGCAGAUGAAGAUUUACAGAAGAGCUGGGAGUUUGUAACAGUUCGGCCAGGCGAGUCAAUUGGUGAAAUAAUCAGAAUAAAUGGUUUAAAGUACAUGAGGAAAGAUGAGUUCAUAACCCUAUCUGCAUUCCUGAACGGAUUGCUGAUGGCAAGGACCACUGUUCAUAUCAGAAAAGGGAAUGUGUUUCUGUCUUACAAGAAGUUUACAACGUUUCAGCUUUUGAAUGCCAUAGGAGAACCAUUGUUGGAUUUGGAACUGUCGACUCAAUAUGUGGGUAAAAAAUAUAAUGUGGAUGUCGCCAUUGAACGAUUUAAAUCCAUUUCUUCCGCUAUUUUUGAUGGGGGAACAGACCCUAAUGCCUGCUUUAUGGAUAUAUUGUCGAGUAUGUCCAAAGUGAACUCAGAUGAACUGCAGAAACAUUUCCGAGAUCUUUUUUGGACUUAUCUGAGGUGUAUGGGAAAGAUCGAGUUAGAAGGUGCCAAUGAAUUCACGGAUGAAGUGCGACGCCAGUUAUUUGUUUCUUUUGUGGAUUUCAUUGAUAAAGUCAUUGUACGGAGCGAUCAGCAGAGACGAUCAUUCAAGGUUCUUUACGAGGAUUAUCUGGGCAGUCAUGAGGAGCUACCAAACGUAGGCCCGGUCAUUCUGCAACAUAUGGCGGCAGUCAUUCGGAGCAGCAAUCGAGAAUGGAAUGUGAUUGGCAGCGCAGUUUGUAGAACAAGCCUCUACUUGUUAAUGGUCUCCCUGAUGUCUUCCAAAGUGUCUGCCGGAGAUUGGAAACUGUCUUUUCAGUCCUUUUUUAGCGAGAUCUGUCAAUUUGUCGCUACAUCUUCUGAAUUAGUUGCAAAUGAUCAGACAGCCAUCCUGCAGACAUACGAUGCUUGGCUGGAUAUUAUGAGCAAAGCAUACGAGCCAGAAAUGUUAGUACAAUUUUCGUUGGGGCUAUUGCAAAGCUGCCGAAGUAAAGAAGGAAGUAUGGAGUUAUCCACAAAAGAGCUUUGCGCAAUGGAAGCCAAGUACCUGGGAACAAAACUUUCGCUACUUCGUCGCAUUAUACUGCACAGAGAUCUGUACCAUUAUCUUUUUGGAGACGACAAGAGCAAAACUGUUAGAUUUGUUUUUCUAUCUAAAUCUAUUGAUUGGGCAUUGCUCACAUACACAUACAACCAUAUGAAUUUAUCCGCAGCUCGAUUAGCCAAUGGAGUUCUGAUAUCGAUUAUAGAAAAUGCAAGAGAUAGAAAACUUUCCAGAAAUCUUUUGCGAUUGCUGCCCACAUUAUGCAAAGCGUUUCUGUUGACCAGAAGAUAUUGCAAGGAUAAUAACCUAUUUGAACCGAAAAUUACAUUUACUCGAUUAUUCCCUUUUCGUAUAGCCAACUCCAUAUUACCGAUGGAUUCUCUAAUUCAAUCUGAGGUUGUUGUUGAGGUGCUUUUGGAACUAGUUACAAUCAUUAGUGAUUUAGCCAAACUAGGAGAGAAAACCUACGGUACGGACAUAUCAUUCGUGACCAUUUUCUCGGAGUGCAGUGGCGAUAUUGACUUCCGCACGGAAUUUUGCGCAAGACAGAUUUCAAAUAACCACAUCACCGCUCUUUAUCACAUCGUAAAAAUCAUAACCAAAGGAGAGUUCUUUCCAGCACAGAAAUGGUUAGGUGUAUCAGCCAUGCUUGAUAGAAGCAUGACGACCUUAUUAUCCAUGUGCAAAGACUACAUGAUACAAGAAAAUCUGCCCCAAGACUAUAGGAACAUGAAUAUAAGGCUUUGGUCGGGCUACUUCAAGGCUAUUUUCGCUCUCUCAAACAGAAAACGGGGGUUUUUAGUCAACUUAGGUAUUAUAGCAAGGAAGGGGGUUUUUCAAAUCACAGGCAAUUUAAAAGCACGAUCAUCCGAGCUGUUGGCUAGUACCUGGGAAGCAAUAGCGAACCAAGUGUAUGAUCACGAUAGCGAAGUAAACUUCGGAGUAGGAGCUGUGAGUCCCGCGCAACAACUGCUUCUUCGUGACAACUCUGCUUUGCUUCAAGAGCUCUUUCUCUUUUCUAUGCAUAGGCAUCUUGAUGCCGUUAAAGUUAGUACCAGGAUACUAUGGUGCUGCGCAGUUACAAUGUGGAAAGAAGAACACAGUAUGCAGUCAUGGCUGGAUAUCGGUAUUCCACAGCUUUAUGAUGCAUAUCAGUCAGGACGCCUAUAUAUCACCGAUAAUGAUCUACAGCGCUUCAAACUAUGUGCUUUGUACACCGUGCAUACCCCACCUUCAGUAUACGGCCCGAUGGUGUCAACUAUGGAGAAUAUUUUCGCCUUUUUGCAUACUGCUUGUGAAGCCUUUAAGAUCUCAAACGAGGAGGAGUUCGACAACGACAAGACUGCCGUGCACUUGGAAAUGUCCACUUACCUUUUGAAAGCAAAUCGGCCGGAGUUAUUCCAUCAAAUGAUCUACGAUCUUUACAUCCACUUUCUGCGGAGAAGAGAUAACGUUCAGGCGGGUCUUUGUUUGGAAUUACUAGCAAACACUUAUGAAUGGAAUAUGGACGACUUCUUACCAUCGCUCAGCUCCCCUCCUUUACCUGAGCAAUGUUCAUUUGCAAGGAAAGAAUACCUGUACAAAGAAGCUGCCAAACAAUUUUCCACAGGAUUGAAAUUUGAAAGGGCCUUAUGUAUAUACAGGGAUUUGAUUGAGGUUUAUGACCUUAUUAACUAUGACUUGGCCGGACUUGCCUAUGCUUACGGAGAGAUGGCGAACAUUUAUAACGAAUUGCAAACGGUCGAUAGAUUGAUCCCCACGUAUUUCAAGGUUUCAUUCAGUGGACUGGGAUUUCCCACCUCAAUCAGAAAUAAGUCAUUCAUCUUUGAGGGCCUGCCAUUUGAGCACAUAACAUCUAUUCAUGAAAGAUUACUGCGACUGUAUCAUGGAACGACAAUCGUCAGGUCACAGCGCGAGAUGGACGAACACUUCGCGAACCCACCCAUGGGUAAAUACAUUCAUGUCGUUGGUGUCGAGCCGCAGUUCGAUCUUUCGGAUCAUUACAAAAAGAGUGUCGACAGUAAACACUUUUUGAACAGUAAAGUUUGGAUAUACAUCAAGAAUAGGGAAUUAAGAACCUUUAGCAAUUCGGUGAAAUUACCAGGCUCUACUAGUGUGACCGAUCUUUGGGUAGAGGAAGUCACGUACACUACCGCCUCGACUUUCCCUACAUUAAUGAAUAGAUCCGAAGUCGUUGAGGUGGUAACGCGUCGACUGUCACCAUUCCAAACGGCAAUAAGAUCACUACGCGUGAAGAUCCAAGAAUUCAAUGGUUUAGAGAACAUGUGCUGGAAAGUAAUUAAAGGAAGAGAUAAUUCACCGGACGCCUUUAAUGAACUGUCCAGAAAUUUGGCCGGCACUAUUGAUUCUCCUGUAAACGGAGGCUUUGCAAAAUACCGAGCUUUCUCUACCCAAGAUCUGCAGCCGCCUAUCAGUAAGGACGAUGUGGAGAGUCUGCAAGUCGCCUUUUCUGAUCUUGCCAUUGUCCUCGCAAGAUGUCUGAUAUUACACCAAGAACUUCUACCUUCCAAGGAUUUGGAACAAUCUCACAACAUGUUAAUCGAUUUGUUCAAGAAAAACUUUGAGCCGGAAAUCAGCAAGAAUAAGAUCAACCUCCACAGGAUCACCGCUUCAAGCAUAAAGAAACCCGCUUCAUCACAGCGGAGCUCCUCACUCUACCUGACGAGGGCCCAGAUGAUCCAGAACCUGCUUGACAGCGUCUGCAAGUCUGAAGGGAGCCAAACGGAGUCGAUUUCCAAAGAAAUAACCCGUUCCAACACGGCUACAGACUUUACUUUCGCUUCUACGAACCGCAAUGACAGUGGAUUGCUGCGGACAGACAGUGCUAUAAGCAGCUUGACGUAUACUACUGACACCACCGAACCCGCUACUUUCAGAGCGCCCGUAAAGUGGAGUCUCAUUGGUCUCGAUAACAAGGACAACUUGUAA